AUUAGGUAAACCUUCUCCGUCAGUAAGCUGGUGGAAAGAUAACACACUUUUGGAUGACAGUUACGAAACCACCGACAGAGGGACAGUUAUAAACCAAUUAGUCAUUCCAGAGUUAAAGAGAUAUCAUCUAAUGGUAACCUUAACGUGCCAGUCAUCUAAUAACAACAUGUCUGCUCCUUUGACGACUCGUAUAACAUUAGAUAUGAAUCUUAGACCCAUGACAGUAAGAAUACUAGACAGACGACAACCUCUGUCUUCGGGGAAAGUGAUAGAACUUGAGUGUCGUACCAACGGUUCUCGUCCACCGGCCGAUAUAACCUGGUGGAAAGGUUCGGAACAAUUAAUGUCGAAUAAAAACCGAACGAAACAAAAAGAUGGAAACCUAAAUCACAACAUUCUAACUUUUCGGCCUUCAAAGGAAGACAACGGAAAAUAUUUAUUUUGUAAAGCAGAAAAUCCUGAAAUACGGAACAGCGCCAUAGAAGACACCUGGCGGCUAGAAGUGUACUAUCCACCGGAAGUGACACUCAGACUCGGAAGUAAGCUUCGCCAUUCGCAUAUUCAAGAAGGAAAUGAUGUUUAUUUCGAAUGCAACAUUCGAGCUAACCCGAGGGUAACCGAGAUCACUUGGUUAUUUGAAGGACAAGAAAUUCAAACGAACACAACAGUGGGUGUCAUAGUCAGCAACCAAUCGCUGGUUUUACAAAAAGUGAGACUCGCCAGUAGAGGUCACUACUACUGUUCGGCAGGAAAUUCGGAAGGAAGUGAGAAGAGCAAUGUUGUGUAUUUACGUGUGCAGCAUGCCCCUAUUUGCAAACCUGGUCAGAAAACUCUCUACGGAGCGACGAUGCACGAUGGGGUCAAAGUGCGUUGCGAGGUGGAAGCUGACCCCGCGUCGGUGACCUUCAAGUGGACAUUUAAUAAUUCUGAGGAACAGUCCAACAUCAAUGAUUUUGAGAGAAGCGGGACGAUCAGCUUUACUACCUUUACUCCAAGAACAGAGCACGAUUAUGGAACUUUGCUGUGUUGGGCUCGCAACAGUGUUGGUACACAACGCCACCCGUGUCUGUUUCUGGUAAUUCCCGCAGGCGUUCCGGAUCCACUUCACAACUGUUCCGUUCUCAACAAAACUGACCACAGUUUCCGGGUGGAAUGCGAGGCGGGUUACGAUGGGGGGCUAAGACAACAGUUUGUAAUGGAAGCUUAUGAUACUCCUCGCCGACGGUUGAGAGAAAAUAUCACUUCCUCUUUUCCGUCAUUUCUCGUCCGUAGUCUCCCCGAGUCGUCGAGCUACGUGGUGUUGGUUUACGCCGUCAACGUCAGAGGUGCAAGUAAGACCCGAGUCCUGAAAGUCACAACUUUAGCCAGUCCCGAGUCUCUGGCUCACAACGUAAAUAAUCAGUGGAGAACAGCUGUUGGCUCAGUGUUGAUCAUCCUGGUUUCUGUUGCUGCUGGAGUCAUAACAGUUGGUAUAGCAACUAUACUCGUUAUAAAGUACAGAAAAAAGAAAGGCCAAGAAAACAGAAGUGGGGAAAAUGAAGAGGAAGAAAAGCCGCACGAAAACAAAAAUGAUUCUCCAUCUUGCCUAAAUGUGGGACCACCGGACGAAAAGUGUCCAGAUCUAAUACCAGGUAGGUUCUCAUCGGUAACUCCACUGAGGAG